AUGGAAGACGACACCGAGGUCGAUGUCCAGUCUGCCUACAGACGCAAGACAGCGUUAGGCUUCAAGGGAUGCACAGACGUCGAGCUCCUGAAAGAAGUAAUCCAUGUAAUCAAGAAGCAAGCUUUCAAGGACGACAAGGCAAAGCAGAUCGAACGACGAGAGUCCAAUGGCGAGAAGAUUUGUGAGGCUGCAAUGGCAACAAUGAAGCGCAAGAUGAACGAUGAUGCAGACGAUGCUACGCCAAACAAGAAACAAGAGAUGGUGGCAAAAGCAAACGAAGUAAAAGCCGGCGAAGUACGCGUCCAACAUGAGAACAACCUACUUGCCCAGCAACGAUUGGAGUUGAAAGAAAAGCGCUAUGAGCUGGACAAGGCUGAGCAGUUCAUAUAA